GUAAAUAAUCGCCAUGGAAUAGUGGGAACAAGUACUGCUGGACGAAGUAGCGAGUAAAGCUUGAGCUCUCCUUGGUUUUUAUCAAAUCGAAGCCAGUUGCAAGCGUCUGGGUUUGUGGGUUUAACGUUGAGAGACAUUUGGUGCGCUUCUGCUGAAUUUGGGCCGUAAAAAUCAUCGGAGUGUCGACGAGUCGUGCAGCACGUUUGGGGCCUGAAGCGACGGAUGCUAACGGAGCUAGCAUUAGCGCAGCGCUACACGCAGCUUCAGCAGCCGAAGACUCAUCGAGUUUGACACCAGCUGAUGUGGAGCCUGUCGUUUUAAACCGAUAAGCGGGGUCGAGUGCGCUUGCUUUAACUCUAGCCGUGGUGGAGGGAAAGUCCGGCUGGAUUUAAGAUGAUCAUUGAAAACCUCGAUGCCUUGAAAACAUGGCUGUCUGAAACCUUGGAGCCCAUUUGCGAUGCAGAUCCUUCUGCCUUGGCCAAAUAUGUCGUUGCUUUGGUGAAGAAAGACAAAACUGAGAAGGAACUGAAAGCCCUUUGCAUUGACCAGUUAGACGUAUUUCUUCAGAAAGAAACACAGCUCUUUGUGGAUAAGCUUUUUGAAGCGAUAAAUAAUAAAAGCUACCUCCCACAAUCAGAGCAGCCGCCCUCCCUGGUCAAACCUGAGAAAGAUGAGCCGAAGAAAGAGGAGCAGCCAAAUCGGGAAGAAGAGCGAGAUAAAAAGUUUUCUCGACGAGUGAAUCACAGUCCUUUACAGUCGAGCUCUCGCUACAGCAGAGACAGCAGGAGAGGAGAUGAUCGUAAGAGAGAUGAUCGAUCCAGGAAGAGAGACUACGAUCGCAACCCCCCUCGGCGGGAUUCAUACCGAGAUCGUUACAACCGCAGAAGAGGUCGGAGCCGCAGUUACAGCCGUAGUCGCAGUCGGAGUUGGAGCAAAGACCGGAUGCGAGACCGUGACCGAGAGAGGGACAGGGAGCGAGAGAGAGAUCGGGACAGAGAACGGGACCGUGACCGCAGUCGGAGUCCCUCUCUCACACGAACUCGGUCUACAAGCAGGAGUAGAGAACGGGAGUCUGGAAAGAUGAAGUAUGACCACGAGAGGCCAGAGAGCAGUGAUAACUACGCCCCACCAGCCCUCGUCUCCACUGCGGCCACUUCACACUUCCCUGUGCCAACGCUGAGCAGCACCAUUACAGUCAUCGCCCCAACCCAUCAUCACAGCAACAACACCACUGAGAGCUGGUCAGACUUCCGGCCUGAGCACCCCGUGGACCGCGGCCCCUUCAGCAGAGGACCGCCGCCUCAACAGAGGAAGCGAUGCCGUGACUAUGACGAAAAGGGAUUCUGCAUGCGAGGCGACAUGUGUCCGUUUGAUCAUGGGAGCGAUCCGGUCGUCGUGGAAGAUGUGAACUUGCCCAACAUGCUGUCCUUCCAACCCCCACCAAUUCCUGGGGUGGACGCUCCACCUCCCCCGGGUCUUCCACCUCCGCCACCUUUAAUGAACCCCCCACCCGUCAACCUUCGGCCUCCUGUGCCCCCACCUGGUGCCCUCCCACCAAGCCUUCCUCCUGUUGCAGGUCCCCCACCCCCACUACCUCCACUGCAGCCAGCUGGGAUGGAUGCUCCUCCCAACUCCAUCACAAGCUCCGUUCCCACUAUCGUCACCUCUGGGAUGCGUCCGUCACUUCCCCCACCCUCAGCACCACUCUUCACCUCAGACCACUACGAGACAGACGUGUACAAUCCCGAGGCUCCCAGCAUCACAAAUACUUCCAGGCCAAUGUACCGCCACCGGGUCAACGCCCAGAGACCAAACCUGAUCGGCUUAACAAUGGGAGAUAUGGACCAGCCCCAGAGAGAAAAAAUCCCGAACAACAGUAUGAGAAUCGUCAUGGAGGCUGAUUCCAGGAAGAGACCGCUCCUCUCGCACGAUGGAAUUCUGCCCAUCAAGAAACCUUGGUUUGAUAAGCCUAACUUUAACAAACCCAACCACCAGGGCUACCACAAAAGAGCUCAGUUCCCUCCCAAUGCCAAGCUGCUUGUUCGGCAAAUUCCCCCGGACCUCAACAACAUCAGCAAACUCAAUGAGCAUUUCAGCAAGUUCGGCACCAUUGUGAACCUGCAGGUGGCUUACCAGAAUGACCCCGAGGGGGCACUGAUCCAGUUCGCCUCUCCAGAUGAGGCCAGGCGAGCUAUGCAAAGCACUGAGGCGGUCCUCAACAACCGCUUCAUCCGAGUGCACUGGUUUCGUGACGAUGGCGGUGACGGCCAGGGGCAGUCCCGCUCGCAGCAGCAGCAGCAGCAGCUCCAGACACUGCCAGCCACGCCGCCUGUUACGUCUCUGAAACAGUCUGUGAAGGACCGCCUCGGACCCCUGCUCCCUGCAAACUCUGAGCCCUCGCAGGAAUCCAGCGUAGCCUCUCAGAAUUCCUCAAAAUUAUCUGUGAAGGACCGUUUGGGUUUCUCCGGCAAACCGGCAGCUCCUGUUGAAAAAGUCUUUUCAACGUCCAUGGGUCUCACAAAAACUGUUUAUAACCCCGCUGCUCUGAAAGCAGCUCAGAAGACCUCCGAAGAAGCCCUGAAAAAGAAACAGGAAGCGCUGAAACUUCAGCAAGAUGUGCGAAAAAAGAAGCAGGAGAUAUUGGAGAAGCACAUCGAGACACAGAAGCUCUUGAUUUCCAAGCUUGAGAAGAACAAGUCGAUGAAGGCCGAGGACAAAGCCAAGAUCAUGGACACUUUGGGAACGCUCACCAAGAGCAUCACCAAACUGCAAGACGAGAUAAAGGGGAUCUCCAGCAGCAGCACGCAGCUUCGCACGGCUAAGAGCAAGGCUCAGGCACAGAAAGAACUCCUGGACGCAGAGCUGGACCUCUAUAAGAAGACUCAGGCAGGAGAGGACACUGCUUUGUUGAAGAUGAAGUACACCCAGCUGCAAAUCGAGGCAGCUAAAAGAGGACUCUUGUCCCCGGGAAGAGGCCGAGGCGUCCACCCUCGAGGCCGCGGUGCCGUCAGGGCCCGGGGCCGGGGGUCCAGGGGUCGCGGGAGAGGCGUGCCGCUGCACGCAGUGGUUGAUCACCGACCACGUGCGCUGGAAAUCUCUGGUUUCGGCGAGACGGACCGCGUCGAGUUGCUGCCACAUUUUGCUCAAUUUGGGGAGAUUGAAGAUUGCCAGAUUAAUGAAAGCAACCUGUGUGCAGUCAUCACCUACAAGACGAGAGCGGAGGCAGAACAGGCGGCUCUUCACGGAGUGAGAUUUAACAACCAGACUUUACGCCUGGCCUGGCACAAGCCCGCCACGGCGCUGAGCUCGGCAGACGCUGAUGAGGCAGAACCGGAGGAAGAUGAGUACCCAGAAGAGUCGCUGAGUGACGACGCGUUGCUGCAGGACGACGACGAAGAGGAAGACGACAACGAGCCUCGUUCGUGGCGCAGAUGAAAUCCUGCUGUGAGCUCUCCCGGCGGCGCCCGCGCAGCGGACGAGCAACAAUCCUGAUUUCAAUGCCUGAUUGUGAAUCGACAAGGCACAUUUUACUUUGACUUGACUUCUUUGUUUUUUUUUUUUUUUUUGUUUUUUUUUUUUCCUCUAACAAAAAUGUAACUGGCUGAAGAAACGUGCAAGUUUGGUUAUUUUUAAUGUGUAUACCACAUGCAACAGUGCGGAUUUUUAAAAAAAAAAUGCUCUUAAUGUAGAAAAUAGUCUUUUUUUUCUUUUUAAUUUCAUUCACAAAAUGCAAAUAGUUAGUUUGAUCAGCUGUCACAUGUCCCUUACAACGACUUCUUUGUUUAUUUAUCAGUUAAAAGAAAAAAAAACCAAACCUGUGUUAUAAUUUAACUGAAUGGCAGACAGUAGCUUUUGCAGACUAGUAUUAUGUAGACCGGUUUAAAUGCUUGUGUGUACAUAUUUUAUGUCUGGAUUUCAAUGAUUUGUAUCAAAGCUUGACUUCUCAAUUCUUGGCUUUAUUUUGGAUUGUACAAAAAAUAAAGACUUGAAAUGGUCUUAAACAAUCUGCCACAAACCAAAAAAAGAAAAAAAAAAGUGGAAUGGAGAAAAAAAACAAAAAAAAAAUUAAAACAAAAAA